CAGGGAUGAGUGAGAAACGGGGGCGCGCGGAGAGGACGCGUCGCGUCUUCGAAGUGAACGAGCGCGUCUAAAGGAGUUUCGGCGCAGGGAGGAGUACGGGCUCCGGAGCGGAGCAGUGAUCGGAGGGAGGGACGGGUGGAGGGAGGGGGCCGGGGGACCCUGGAGGAGAGCGUAGCGCGUAGAGCGUGGAGCGCGGAAAGCUGAGCGGAGAGCGGGGGACUGCCCCCGGCGCGCGGGGGGCGGAGCGGCAGGCAUGCGCUGAGCUGGCAGAGCCGGGGCCAGUCCGCCGCGCGCGACGACACGGAGACACGGGCUGGCUCGCGUCCGGCUGCUGUCUGCGUUCAGACGGCCGCGCGGAGACCACCCUACCGCUCGCGUCUCCUAACGGCGGAGGAGACACCGCGACCAAAAAGGACAAGAGUGAGAAAGGGAGAGGGAGUCGGACGAGGACAUCCGUGACCGUGUCGGAAGAUAACUGACAGACAGAGAGACAGCCCGUGCUCGGGGACUCGACGCCCGAGGAAGAGGUCCUCCUUCGACCGUGCCCGCUCUCCGGUUCGCUCAGCUAAGCUCCCCCUCCUGGGACCGACCGAGCGCCCGGCCGGUGCAAACCGCACUUCGACCAGCGUCGCAAGCAGGCGAUGCGCCGCGAACACACGACCAGCCGCCGAGUAAUUCUGACACUUCAACAACCUGUGGUUUUCAUACCAGAACCAUUAAUUCUCUCAUGAAAACUACGGAGACUGUACAUCUCCAACGGCUUUCUGGAGGCAAGAGGACCAAGUCAUUCCUGAAAAUUGACGGUCAAGAUCUCAUUUAAGCCUCCUCGUUCUUCGACGGGAAAAAAAUCGCCUCAGCGGCGCGUCGUCCCGCUGCUGCUCUUCUCCUAUCUUUUUUUUUUUCCUCCCCAAACUGUCUCAUUUUAGAAUUAAUACCGACAAUGGUGAGGCGACCGCCUGCCUUCCUCGACACCUGAUUUAAGACACAAGUAUAUUCUCUGACGUGAGAAAUUCGAAAAAAGAAAAAAACAAAGCAAAAAAAAAAAACAGUGAUAAACAUACAAGGAGCUGCUAGUGUAGGACAACUGGAAUUUGACUGGGAGACUGAACGAAAAGUUCCCCGAAGAGGGCAAGAGAAGAAGCGGAGCCCCGUGUCCGCAGGCAUUGAUUUCCCCCCUCAGGUGGCUGCAGCUGGGUGGGCGCUGUCAUGCUUUCUCUGGACGAACCGCUGGACCUGAAACUCCCGCGGGGGCGAGUCAACGGGCGGGACCGGCCAGCCAGGACCCCACCGACCCACAUCGCCUCCCCACUCCACGCCAAGCGUGCCCGGCAGCUGCGCAUGGCUGACGACGGAACGGCGGUCAUCGUGCCUGCCUCCCCAGCCUCCCCACACACGGGUGUGCCUGUCAUCCCCCAGGAGAAGCCGGAGCCCCGGACCCCACCGGCUGUGGACCUCAGUGUUUCCCCUUCGUUUCGCCACGUACCCUCCCCCCAGGAGCAGUGCAACGGCAACGGGGUCAGCUCGCUCUUCCUGGGGGACUCCGCACACAUCCGUUACCUGGAGGGCGGAGUGUCUUCGCAGGCCUACCAGUUCUUCCUGCCUAUGCACUCGCCCAUGUUCAUUGGCCAGGCGAAGGAGAAGCGCGCCUCUCCUGACCUCUCAGCGGACGAGCAGCUGGCCUGUCGAUGGAGGAAGUGCCAUGUGCUCUUCGACUCCCUGCAGGACCUGGUGGACCACGUCAAUGACUUCCACGUCAAACCCGAGAAGGAUUGUGGGUACUGCUGUCACUGGGAGGGGUGUGCUCGCAAAGGACGAGGUUUCAACGCCAGGUACAAGAUGCUGAUCCACAUCCGCACACACACCAACGAGAAGCCUCACCGCUGCCCGACCUGCAACAAGAGCUUCUCGCGCCUGGAGAACCUCAAGAUCCACAACCGCUCCCACACAGGAGAGAAGCCGUACAUCUGCCCGUACGAAGGCUGCAACAAGCGCUACUCCAACUCGAGCGACCGCUUCAAGCACACGCGCACGCACUACGUGGACAAGCCCUACUACUGCAAGAUGGCGGGUUGCCUGAAGCGCUACACGGACCCGAGUUCGCUGCGCAAGCACAUCAAGGCCCACGGGCACUUCGUGGCCCCCGAGCCCCCGCCGCCGCCCGGGCUGCUGAAGCCGGGGCCCAUCGGGGCGGCAGGCGGGAAGGAGGCGGAGUUGCCAUACGUCAGCGCCGCCCACAUUAUAAUCCCGGGCCCCGCGGCCUCCCUCCUGGGGGGUCACCCCCUGCAAGGUCUGGGCGCCUCGCUUCCCCUUUCUCCUCUCAGUCCUCGGCCCCUGGACUUGAGCGCCGUGGGCUGCCCCGGGUCACCGCCCCCUGGGCUGGCUGGCACCCCCGUCCUGUCUCUGAACGGCUCUCCCCUGAGCCUGGCCAAGUCCCCGCUGCUCUCGCCCGCCUUCUCGUCGGCGCUGGGGGCCCUGCCCAUGGUGUCUCUGCUGGGGGCCGAGCGGAGGGCCCACGGCCGGCUCAGCGGGAAGGGCAAGGCUGGCGGGGAUGCGGCUGAGGACGGAGCUCUGGGGGGCCUCCCGGGGGCCGUCCUCAACCUCUCCACGGGAGCCGGCCAUGACCCCCUGUCCCCCGGGUGGGUGGUCAUCCCCUCCGGCCCCGUGUUGCUGAAGCCGGCCGUGGUCAACUGAGACGCGUGUUCCGGGAGAGCUCUCCGCGGGGUCACAGGUCGCUGCGCCGGAGGGGUUGCCACACACAGACCUGCUGUUUUUAUAGCGUCAAAAUAGUGUGAAUGUUUCGGAGUGAAGGAGGGAAAAAGCAAAAGAGAAAAAAAAACUGACCCUAAACUUUAAGAGUUCUGGCAUCCUGCCGCCUUUAGCUUGGCACAGUGCUGCGAGAAAAAAAGCGACCAGUACACGGACCUGCGUUUCCCUUCAGGUCCACGUUCAGUCCCCUUGCUUUUGCCCCCACCCAAGCCCUGUUUGCACCUACACGUCUCCUGCACCUGUGAACUCGGAGAACAGCGGGGUAAAACAAGUGAGCAGUGAGUUAAAACAAGGUGUUGGUACGAGUGAGCGCCGGGUUGCGCAACGCCCUGGGGGCGGGGGGAGGGGGUGUAUCCGUGACGACUGCAUGUGAGGGUCCGGCUUAGCGGAAGCGGGGAACGUGCAGAACCCGUGGUCCCCUGGUGUUGCUGCGGCGCUCACCCGCACCCAACAGCGGGUCCAAACACCUCGGGAACUCAAGAGAAUGUGGGCACAUUUCAAACCGACAAUUCGUCUCGGUCAAGAGAGGAAGUUCAAUGAAAAAUGGCAGCGCAUCCCGACUCGGUGCCCGUGACAUCACCUUAACCGAGCCACGCGGCACCGGCGCGGCCGAGGACCUGCCGGGUGUCAGUUGACGCGGAGCGUUGCGGCGCUCCACCCUCAGCAGUUCCCGUUCCUCAGCAGGAGGCGAGACACCCAGGCGUUAUCGGCUCCCCCCGGUGGACAUGUCUCUAAGUGCAGGUCGCCAGUCAGCGUCCCCACGGCACCCUUGUGAACUUUGCCCUCGUUGGGCUUGGCGCUGAUGGACGCGGGACUGUACUUGAACGUACCCCUGCUCCUCAACACCGUGCUUCUGCGUUCCGGCAUCAAACCGAACCAGUCAGCCUUUAGAAGAGCCAACAGGAAGUGGAAGAAGGGAGGGAGACCGCGUGAAACGUGGGGGACAGGGAGGACACCGAGCGACGACCAACAUUGUGGGCCGACGCUCAUCAGUUCAACACCGGAAGGUUUCCUGUAGAAGAGCCGUGGGUUUUAUCUCGACCCAGAAGAGCACUUACUGCGGUUUUCAUUGGCUCCACACUGCUACAGAAGAGAAGCUAGAGUAAAAGUGCCCCCCCCAGCAGGUCCAGAAAACACUUCUGGAUUCUUCCACCUGUUCAUCCGUCCUCCUCGCUCUUCCUCCCUGCGUCUGCUCUCUGUUGGGCUCCAGGUGUCGAGUGAGACGAUGGUCCAAGCGCACCGGGAGGAAGAGAGAGGAGGAAGGAGCGGAAGGUGUGUGAUGAGAGACCAAGGGGCCGAGUGGCGCCACCCCUACAAACCUCCCCUCCCCCCCCCCCCCCACUUGUACAUUUCCUCCAAGGUGUUUUUAUCCUGAAACAAAAAUACUUGUUGCUGUUUUGCAGUUUUGUUUUUCCAGACGAGACAUUUUCUCAUGUUGAAUAAGCUUUGUUUCCUUGUCUCUCCUGUCGCUGCUCGACACUCGGCUUUCUCCCAGGGCGGUGUGUGUGCCGUCGGCAGGGGUGUCCGUGCCGGAGAGCUGGCUGAGAGUAGUGCUUGGGGGGUCUCACUGCGAACACACACACACAGCACAGCCCUCCGACGUAGAGGAGUUUCGCUGGCAGACUGUGAUUCGGACCCGUGUGUAGGGGACAGUUUGGUCUCAUAUGGAGGACAGCAACAGCACUGCCAUGACAGCUGUCAGUCCGGCAGAGACCGGUUACGAGCAGCAAGUGUUACUAGGUGUGUUCUGUUAAAAAGGACAAACGGUGUGAAUACAAAACCGUGGUAAAGACCAAGCGUGUGAUCUUUACUCUGAGUAAAGACGCGGCGGCUUCUUUGAGUCGUUCAACCUGCUAGUGGCACAGAUGUCAAAAUCGUAUCUGUCCAAAUACCCUCCUGGUGAAGAAGGACACCUUCGGGGGAAAGAUCCAGAGGGAGAGCGAGUGACCAGACCCGAGCCCCCCGCUUCUUCUUAGACCUCCGGCGGAGAGCGGAGAAGUGCACGCUGGGAGACAGUCAGCAGCCCGUCCUUCAUCUCUUCUCUAGGAUCACAUCUGCUAGUGUGAUUUUGACCUUCCCCACACACAGACCCCCUCAGCGCUGCUCUCAGUACCAAGCAUCUCUGGUUCCUGUGAGGUUGGCCGGAGGAAGGCGGCGCUCGUCCUCAGUGGACGAAGGGCCUGUGAUGUCAGAUGAUGUCAUGGGGGGGGGAGUUGGCAGAUGGAGCUACAGCUUCCCUGACAACACUGGCUUCUCCCCGCUUUCCGGCCCACCCUCUGCGCUCGUCGAAGGGCGUGUGCGCGGACAUCUGCGCGUUCGUGUUUGCGGGGCCCCCUAGUGGAGAAAGCCGAGACUGACACAGAUCCUUCCAGGAUCCACACAAUUCAAUAUAGAGAAUAAGCUGUUCGACCCAUUAACCCUUUGCGCACAGUAGAAAUCUUCCAGCACUUCUUAAAUAGCGAAAAUUUCUUCCAGAGAUGUUUGAAGAGCAACGAUACUAUUUGCUCACAUAAAUCGCAUAAUUAUUUUUACAUGGACAUCAAAAGCAAGUCGGUUCAGUGAAAUAAAGAGCGAAGGCAGCGGCUCCGAUAAAAAAAAAAAAAAAAGCC